AUGCUUUCUCACACAUACGUCGCACUCCUCACCUACAUCACAAAUGUGAUGGCCCUAUGGCCCCAGCCGGCCGAGGUUUCCACCGGCUCCGGCGUGUUGUGGCUAGAUCCUGCACUCACGGCCACCUUCCGCUGCAAUGGAGGAGAUGUUGUCUUGUUUGACUAUCCUCCUGAUCUCGGAAAGUUGCCUGUCCUAGGUUUCGUCAACAGCGCCUACCAGUUCGCUCAAACCGUUUGGGACGAGUUUCAAGCCUUUGCUGGGAACCAUGACUUCCACGGUAGCAAGAAGGCCAUCACAGAAACUUCGAUUGCGCAGGCGGCGGUCCAUGAGACCAUUAAAUCGAUGCAUAAUACCAACUUUGUCCCUUGGAAGCUCCAUAAACGGCACUCACCUUUCGAACCCGAUGUGAUGGCUCAACGACAUUACCUAUCCAGUCUUCAGAUACAGCAGAGUCAUUGCCCAGAUGUUGGAGCCUUUGAUCCACUGGCUUUCUUUGCCGGCGACGAGUCCUAUGAAAUUAUGAUCGACAACGCAACAGCGACCAUUCAGACUAAUAGCACAAUUGGCGCGCUGUGGGCGCUGCAGACCUUUCAGCAGUUCUUCUAUGCACACUCGACCCAUUCCGGAUCGUACAUGCUAGGAACGCCGGCAAGAAUUGUUGAUAGACCAAAGUGGCGUCACCGAGGCUUGAGUGUUGACAUAGCUCGAAAUCCGUUCCGUCCUUCAGACUUGACGCGCACGAUCGAUGCCAUGGCAAGGACAAAGAUGAACCGACUACAUAUCCACGCCACCGAUUCACAAAGUUGGCCACUUGAAAUCCCGUCGCUUCCGGACCUGGCGACAAAGGGCGCCUACCAGCCCCACCUGGUAUGGAGUGCUGAUAGUCUUGAGGCGAUCCAGAUUCAUGGCGCCUCACGGGGAGUAUCAGUGUUUGUUGAGAUUGAUAUGCCAGGUCACACAGCUUCUGUCGCUAAUGCAUAUCCCGACUUGAUAGCCGCCUACAACAGAUUAGACUGGUCAACGUUUGCUGCGGAGCCUUUAAGCGGACAACUGAAGCUCAAUUCCACUGCCGUAUUGACUUUUGUCACUACCCUCCUUGAAGACCUUUUGCCUCGAACACGUCCAUACACUUCGUUAUACCAUAUUGGUGGCGAUGAGGUAAACCUUGCAGCCUACCUUCUAGACGAGACAGUGGCCAGCGACGAACCCCAAGUCCUGCGGCCUUUGCUGCAGAAAUUCAUCGAUCAUGUCAUUGGCAUUGCCCUCCAGCACGGCUUUCAGCCGGUCGUCUGGGAAGAAAUGCUGUUGGACUGGAAUCUGACUCUGCCUUCAGUCACAAAUGAUAACCGAAAGGUGAGCACUCUGGUCCAAGUCUGGCGCAACAGUGAACGAAUCAAAGAUGUACUGAAGAAGGGCCAUCGAGUCAUAUUUGGAGACUACCAUCAUUGGUACCUUGAUUGUGGCUUCGGUGUCUUCCUCGAGCCAUAUCCUUCCGGGAAGUCACCCGUUGGUGUACCAUACAAUACAUCGGGAGGGUAUCCGAGCAAAUUAAAGAAGCCUUAUCUUGAUUAUUGCAACCCUUUCCACAACUGGCGUCAUAUAUAUACCUAUGAUCCUUUGGCAAAUAUCAGCGCCGAUCUGAUUGAUAACAUCGAAGGCGGUGAAGUUUUGAUGUGGAGUGAGCAGACUGAUUCGAUUGACCUUGACUUCAAGUUAUGGCCUCGGGUGGCGGCGGCUGCCGAGGUGCUCUGGACAGGUGUCAGGCACGAAACGAUGCUCGAGGACGCAUCCCGGAGGCUAGGCGAAUGGAGAGAGCGCGAGGUUACGGAUCACCACACAGCCAUGUCGCCGGUCCAUAUGACUUGGUGUCUCAUGGAGGGUGGGUGCAAUCUGUAA